AUGAUGCGGCUGCACUGUCAGGAGGUGGAAGGGGAGGAGGAGAGAAGGGUGGAGGAGGAGAGGGAGGAGGAGGAGAGAAGGGUGGAGGAGGAGAGAAGGGUGGAGGAGGAGAGGGAGGAGGGAGGGGUGGAGGCGAUGGGAGUGACGCGGGCAGAGGCAGAGGCAGGAGAGGCAAGAUCAAGGCCUUCCCUGCAUCCCCCCCUCCCCCCCCCUUCCCUUUCCAUUCUUCCUGGCAGGCAAAACGGCAUCAGAGGCCUUUUGAGGAAGCUCACUGACUGUGAAGCGAAGCGGCGUAGGAACCCGUUGAGGAAGCUCACAGACUCCGAGGCCGACUCGCUCUACUUCACUCUCGAUGCCAAUGGCGAGGGCCACAUCACAGCAGCUGACGUGGCCAGGCUGGCAGCGGUGCACUCUUUGAUCGAGGCAAAGUCAUUCACGCAUUACUGCUCUGUGUCCCCCCUCGCACGCUUGUCACUGUUUCCCCCCUCGCACGCCUUCCACUUCCUCCCCCCCUAUCCAGCCAAUGGCGAGGGCCACGUCACAGCAGCUGACGUGGCCAGGCUGGCAGCGGUGCACUCUUUCCUGUGGAGCGAGCAGCAGAUUGAGGACAUGGUUACACUCUUCGGCCAAUCACAGGUGGGCUUUCACCUUUGA